UCUAUGCUUUACAGGAAUCUCGGAAAGUCUGGUCUCAAGGUGUCAUGCCUAGGUCUCGGUACUUGGGUGACCUUUGGUGGCCAGAUUACAGAUGAGAUGGCAGAAGAAUUGGUAACCUUGGCAUUUGAAACUGGUAUCAAUUUAUUUGACACAGCAGAAGUCUAUGCAGGGGGGAAAGCCGAAAUUGUACUUGGAAAAAUUUUGAAAAAGAAGAACUGGAGAAGAUCAAGUAUUGUCGUGACAACCAAAAUAUACUGGGGAGGAAAAGCUGAAACAGAACGAGGUUUAUCUCGAAAACAUAUCAUAGAAGGGUUGAUGGCGUCAUUACAAAGACUACAGUUGGAUUAUGUGGAUAUGGUAUUAGCAAAUAGACCGGACCCAAACACACCAAUGGAAGAAAUUGUGCGAGCUUUCACAUACUGUAUAAACCAAGGUAUGGCAAUGUAUUGGGGAACGUCAAGAUGGAGUACGAUGGAGAUCAUGGAAGCUUAUUCUGUUGCUAGGCAAUUCAACCUCAUCCCACCAGUAUUAGAACAGUCAGAGUAUCAUCUGUUCAAUCGAGAAAAAGUAGAAACACAGCUACCUGAACUUUUCCAUAAAAUAGGGUUAGGUACAAUUACUUGGUCUCCUUUAGCUUGUGGUAUUCUGACUGGUAAAUAUGAUGAUAAUGUUCCAUUUUACUCCAGAGCAGCUCUCAAGGGUUAUGGUUGGUUGAAAGACAAAGUCCUCAGUGAAGAAGGUCGUAGACAACAAGCUAAAUUACGAGAAGUGACAAUUAUAGCUGAUAGAAUUGGAUGCACUCUGCCACAACUUGCUAUAGCCUGGUGUUUAAAGAAUGAAGCAGUAUCUUCUGUUAUACUUGGUGCAUCUAAUACAGAUCAACUAUAUGAAAAUCUACAAGCCAUUCGGUUUGUGCCAAAAUUAACACCUCAAAUAAUGCAGGAAAUUGACAAGAUUCUUGGAAACAAACCGGAGAAGGAAAGAGCCGGAGUAAGACACACAUCUUCAUCAGCUCAGAUACCUCCGGCUACUGCACCAGUACCAGCUACGGUUACAUCUGGAGGUAGAGGCAGCAUAGGAGGAGGGAGCGGUGAUGGUGGUGGGAGUAACGUGAUUCUCAGUGGCACACCUGGUAUUGGUACCAGUAGCCACUGACUUUCAUGUCUCCCUUGUCACUGUCUGCCAGUAUUUUGUACACGAUUGACGCAACCUGAAGAAUGUCGGAGUGAACAACAACAACAACCUCAACCUCAGCCACAAGUGGAACGGCGGGAACGAAAUCUACAUGAGCGUAGACCUGUAAGGGUUCCCCCCAUUCCCGCACAUGUUGUUAGACGUGGUGGACGCUUGGCAACUUUUGGAGCCGGACGUUCCAGGUAACAGCUGGUAUCAUGCCAAGCCUGAUAAUAGAUGGUAUCUGGCUUACAGUAAAAGUUGGUGUAUUGUUUCAAUCCUGAAAACAUCUGGUAUCUUAGUCUGGGUCUUCACAUAAGUUUGAGUUAUUCAUUGUACGGAUUGUACUUCAGGAUGGUUCCAUACAGUUUCAUUUUUACAACACAUGAUAGUGCACAUAAUUAAUCCCUGCUAUUCAAAGUGACCAUAAUUGCAAUUUUGAGAAAUUUUAUAUCUCAACAUUUUUUU